GGAACUUUUUCCAUUGUUACAGUAUCCAGAGAGCCCAUACCUUCCAAUCACAGCCCACCACCUUCAAUCUCUCUCUUUCUCUCUCUUGAAGAUUUUAGCAAAAAGCUUAGAUUCAUUCCUUGGAGCUAGGUACCUCUGCUUUUGAGCUUCUUAACAAGCGUUGUGGUCUCUCGUUUCAUAGGAGUAUUGUCUAUAUAUUUUCUUUUUCUUUCUUCUCGUUUCUUUGUUACUCAGACCUCAAGUAAAAGGAAGAAAGCAGAGAGAUCUUUUCCCAGCUUUUCUGACUUCUCCAAUUCCCUUAGAGAAUCACUGUCUAACCUGUUUUCCCACCUGGGUUUUCCAUUUCCAACCUUUUUUUUUAACUUUUUUUAUUCAGAGUUCUAGCUUCUCUCUUCUUUUUUUCUUUAUUAUCCUACUCAUGCUUGGAUACAUCGAAGAGCCUGAAGCUGCAAAGAGAAGCUUUACUCUUAGUUUUCACUUUUUACUACCAAGCUUUCUUCUUUUCAAAUUCUUGGCUUCUUCUAUCUCAGUUCCUGAGAAUUGUUUCUGGUUUGCUUCCCAUGGAAGUUUAACUUGGUACAGAUCUCAGUAGUGGUUCUAGGGUUCCAUCCUGGAAUAUUUUGAGAUUAUUUUUAGUAUUAUUAGAAAUGGUCGUACUAAAUUUUGUUUGAUUUUUGGAAAGUUGGGACUUUUCUAGAUUCCUCAGGGGUAUGACUGCACCACGAAAAAAGCUAUUCUGAUUCCUCUCUAAUGCUUCCUGAUUUAACACUGAUAUUUUUGCGGUGAAACCUCCACCUCUCUGCAUUUUCUUUCUGGGUUCUUUUUGCUUUCCCUCUGUUUCAACAAAGAAUUGCGGAUUUGUUCCAAUUCUCUGGCAUGUUAUAAUAGUUUUGCUUCUUAAUUGGAUGCAAUGAAGUGGGAAAUGGAAGUUCUUUCACCUGCAUCGUAUCAUUCAAGCACAAAUUGGCUAAUAGAAGAUAGCAAGAGCACCAUAUGGACUCCAGCGGAGAACAAGAUUUUCGAGAAUGCUCUUGCAGUCUACGAUAAGGACACUCCUGAUAGAUGGCAUAGGGUUGCUGCUAUGCUCCCUGGGAAAACCGUAGGAGAUGUCAUAAAGCACUACAGGGAAUUAGAAGUUGAUAUUAGCAAUAUAGAGGCAGGGCUGAUUCCAAUUCCUGGAUACAGAACCUCUCCCUUCACAUUGGAUUGGUCUAGCAGUAAUAGCUAUGAUGGGUUCAAACAAUCUUAUGUUCUUGGUGGGAAGAGAUCUUCUUCAGGUCGGCCUGCUGAUCAGGAGAGAAAGAAAGGAGUUCCAUGGACAGAGGAAGAGCAUAAGCUGUUCCUGAUGGGCUUGAAGAAGUAUGGCAAAGGAGACUGGAGAAAUAUAUCGCGGAAUUUUGUUGUAACAAGAACACCAACACAGGUGGCUAGUCAUGCACAGAAGUACUUUAUCAGGCAGCUUUCAGGAGGGAAAGAUAAGAGAAGAGCUAGCAUCCAUGACAUAACAACUGUCAACAUUAAUGACAUUAGAACUCCGCCUGACAGUAAAAGACCACCUUCACCUGAUCAAUCCACUACCGUGCUUUCUCAGCAGUCCAAUGCUGUAGCCAUGCCUAGAACACAUUUUCAAUGGAAUCAACCCAAUAUUGGAGCGACCAUGGCUUUCAGUGCAACACAUGGGAAUAUGUUUAUGUCUUCUUCUUAUGGAAUUAACUCAUAUGGGCUCAAAAUGCAGGCUCACAAUCUGCAUAGAGGUGCUGUUCAUGAAUCUUACAUUGGACCUCAAAGUAUAGCUUUUCAGAUGCAAUCUGCACAGCACCACCCUCAUGGAUGAGACUACCGCAAUGGUUUUGAUUUCUUCAAUGCCACCUCUUCUUUAGUUUCAUUGGUAUAGCUCUGUCUGUGAUUUCUUUUUCCAUUUCAACCCUUUUUUUUUCCUUUACUUUUUUGUUUUCCGGGGGUCUUUUUGUAUAUUUCAUAAAGAAUUCGACUUUAGUCCAUAGUUGGCACUUGAACUUGGAGGAUAAAGGAUUCUGUUUUACCAGGCAUUUGAAUUUCUGAAUUAUGAAACUGAGAGGGAAGAUUCUCCGGUCUGGGUUAUUCUUGUAUUUGAGGUCAUCCGUUCAAUGUAUAGAGUGGUGAGCACUAUCCAAAUGAGCAUGGGGAAUGUUUUCAAUGGAUAUUGUUAUUGUAAAUGAUUCUGAAGUAAGACUAGGCUUCACAGUUGCCUGCCCGCCCCAUGAUCUGAUAACUUAAGAUGGUUCCUCCAAGAUAAGAUUAGAAGAAUGCAGAAAGAGAUUUGCAUGCAUCAAUAAACAACGUUGAGGAAUUUCAGGCCUACACAGGAUAUGAAAUAAAGGGAUCGACACAAUAAGCAUCUUCGAUUAUAAAAUAAAAGCUUAGCAUUUUUAUGUUUGUU